AUGGACGUCAUCUCAAACAAUGGCACCGCUGGCUGGGUAUCCGGGCCCAACACACGGGGAACGAUGGACAUUAUUUGGUCUUCACUGUUGACAGUCUUUCUCUGUACUUGGACAGCCAUCUGUCUAAGUCUUCCUAACCCCAGAGACAGUCAAUUUCAAAUCCUUUCUCGCCGUGCAAAGUGGAUGUUUUGGGCGAUUGUCUCCCCGGAGUUAGUCCUUUCUGUUGCUAUCGGUCAAUAUGCGUCAGCACGGCGAUCUGUGAAACGUUUCCGCAAACUGGGAAUGAAAGAAGACAGAUGGACUCUACGGCACGGUUUCUAUGCCGACAUGGGCGGGAUGCUCCUUCAGCCUAAAAACAGCGCGCCCUUUCUAGUCAACAGCCGUCAAUUGGCGUACCUGGUCGAAAAGCAGUACUUAGAUUGUCCACAGAUUACGCAGAACGAGAUAUGGGACAAGUCAAAAACAGAUACACUCGCUAGACUGCUCAGCGUCGGGCAGGCUACUUGGCUGAUGAUCCAACUCUUUGGUCGCUUCAUUCUUAAGCUUCCAACCACUACGCUCGAACUGUCAGCGGCUAUUGUGAUUUGUACCUUUGGGACUUUUAUUUGUUGGAUGCACAAACCAAGUGACGUCCACACCGGCAUUGUUCUUAACAUGGAAGCUAGCACGGCCGAUGUUCUUCUCGAAGCUGGUGAUAUUGCUGCUACACCUUACCGCCACACGCCUCUCGACUUCGUCGCCAAACAAUCCUUCACUUGUGGCUACGACGUCAUGGGGUUCUUUGGUUUACGGUUUGACGACCGCGAAAGGCCCUUACGACGCUUUCCAGAUGACCGAUUCCCGGAUAUCGGGACGUUUGAAAAAUUUUCUCUAUUUUGUUUAACCUCAGCAUUUGCUUCCUUCCACCUUAUAGGAUGGUAUUUUGUCUUUCCCUCUCGGGUUGAGCAAAUUCUUUGGCGGGUUGCAAGCUCUAUUGUAACGGGUGCAACUGUGCUAUAUUGGAUCUUUGAAACAAUUGCUGCUCGUCAGCGCUUUGGUAGAUGGGACAAAUACCUGAUCUGGCUGCGGAUGAAAAGCCCACUAUCGCAGCGACAAAUCGACGCGGAGGCCGCGCUGGCACGUCAAGAUACUAUCAGUCGCUUAAAUGCCUUUGAGAAAGAGCAAAGGGAAGCAAAACCUAUCUUACGUUGGGAAAUUAUGAUCAUUCUUCCAAUAAUCUUCCUAUAUGUUAGUGCUCGGGGAUAUAUGUUUGUCGAGGUGUUUGUUAGUUUGCGCCAGCUACCAAUUGGUGCAUUCAAGACUUUUGAAGUAGCGGACAUGUUACCUCAUUGGUGA